GAGCAGUGAGAACGUUCAAAGUCACCUUCAACGUGACCUUGGAUGGUCUCCCCACUGGCACUUGCAACCAGCUGCCUAGACGUGCUCCAGCAGCCUUGUCGUGCACACAUCCUACUCUCGUCGUGCCCUACGUGCCUCAGCACCAGCAAAGAUGGCUUCCUUAACUGACCAACUCAUGGCAGAGGUUCAGCCAGCACUGAGCACCUCUGGUGGGAAGGUGACUGUUGUGGGUGUGGGUCAAGUGGGCAUGGCUUGUGCCUUCUCUCUGCUGACACAACACAUUUGCUCUGAGCUGGCACUGGUGGAUGUGAUGCCUGAUAAGCUGCGUGGUGAGAUGAUGGACCUGCAGCAUGGUCUGACAUUCCUUAGGAAUGUGAAGAUUGAGGCCAGCACUGACUAUGCUUGCUCUGCUGGCUCCCGCCUGUGUAUUGUGACGGCCGGCGCUCGCCAGAGAGAGGGAGAGUCCCGUCUCUCUCUGGUGCAGCGUAAUGUUGACAUCUUCAAGGGCAUCAUUCCCAACCUUGUGAAGCAUUCCCCUAACUGCAUUCUUCUGGUUGUUUCCAAUCCUGUGGAUAUCAUGACAUAUGUGACGUGGAAGCUUUCUGGUCUGCCUAAGCACCGUGUGAUUGGAUCUGGCACCAACCUGGACUCUUCCAGAUUUCGUUUCCACCUUUCACAGAAGCUUAAUGUUGCUCCAUCUUCUUGCCACGGAUGGAUUAUUGGUGAACAUGGAGACUCCUCAGUGCCAGUGUGGUCAGGUGUGAACAUUGCUGGUGUGCGCCUGAGGGACCUGAAUCCUCUGGUGGGCACAGCCGAGGACCCAGAGAAGUACAAUGAGAUGCACAAAGAAGUGGUCAACAGUGCGUAUGAGAUCAUCAAACUGAAGGGCUACACUUCCUGGGCCAUUGGUCUCUCUGUGGCUUCCCUUGUCUCCUCCAUUAUGAAGAACACUCGCUCCUGUUAUGCAGUCUCGGUUGCUGUGCAGGGGUAUCACUCUAUCGAUAAAGAUGUGUUCUUGAGUCUGCCAGUUGUCCUGGGUGAGAAUGGUGUCACACACAUCAUCAAGCAGACUCUCACAGAGGGUGAGAUCAAGCAGCUAAAGAGUUCAGCAGACACACUGUGGGAUGUGCAGGCUGGCAUCAAGUUCUAAGGCUUUAUCUCUUUUAAAGAAAGAGCCAAAGUUGAGCAAGGUUAUCAAGAUGAUGAAGGUACGACAUUCAUGUGGACAUACUUGUGUAAUCUUUCAGUAUCUGCUUGUCUUUGUCGGAUAAUGAUUUUCAUAUACAUAUAUAAUCUCAAUAUGAAAAAAAAAAAAAAGUGUCUUAAAGGAUAUAUUACUAGACCUUUUUGGAACAAUUUUUAUUUUUACAGCAUCUUGUUUUUAUGAUUAAUGAAAACACAUCUUUGAUAUGAUUGCAAAAGAAAUAUGGGAAACCUGUGAUUAACAUUGUUAUGAGAUUAAUAAAAUAUUUAGGUAUUGAAAAAUGUUUAGCAAAUGUUUCAUUUCUAUUCAGAAGUUAGGAAAACAUUACUACAUCUUUGCAAAUUGUUUUAAUGAGUGAAUGACAGUUAAUUAUAUAUUACUGCUAGUGAACUUUGUCUGAUGGUUCAUGUUUUAGGUAUGAAAGGGCAGACUAUUCAUUUCGAUGUGCUUCACCAUCCAAUCUGAAUGUUAUUGGUAGUAUUAAAGAAACAAAUGUUAUAUAUAUUCAGCUUAUCUGUUGACACCUGAAUUUUAUUUUUUGACUUCCAAGUUAUUGGUGUCAUAAUUAUAUUUUUCAAAUGAUAUGCAAGUAGCAAGCAGGUUUUGUAUCUUAUAAACAUAAAGGACUAGUCUCAGUUUUGAACAAAGAUAUUUCAACACUAGUUUGUUCAAAAGUAAUGGAGAUCAAACAAUAUGCAUUAAGUUGUUGUGCAACAAAAAUAUUCAUGUACUAAAUAACAUUAUAAGUGCUGUAAGAGGUAAAAAUGUGUAGCAGUAUUGGAAGCUCAUACCAAAUGGAUGCUGCUUGCAUGUUUUUUCAUUAACAAUGAGAAGUAUCUGAACCUAUGUUACAAUUGUAGGAUGUGAAGGAAAUAUACUCUGAGGUUCCUAAA